AUGGAGGGGACAGGAAGACACAUGCCUCCAGCCAUGGUGUGGUGCGAGCGUGGCAUCCAGGUGCUGUUGACCACGAUGGGGGCGUUCGCCGCCUUCACCCUGAUGACGGUGGCCAUCGGCACGGACUACUGGCUGUACGCCCGCGCCUUCAUCUGCAACAGCACAGCCAACUCCUCCACGCAGGACGACCCCCACAACAAGGACAAGAAGGACCCCGGCGCACUCACCCACUCCGGCCUGUGGAGGAUCUGCUGUCUGGAGGGGCUGAAAAGAGGGGUGUGCUCCCAGAUCAAUCACUUCCCGGAAGAUGCUGACUAUGACCAGGAUUCCGCAGAAUACCUCUUACGUGUGGUGCGAGCCUCCAGCAUCUUCCCCAUCCUGAGUGCCAUCCUGCUGCUGCUGGGCGGAGUGUGCGUGGCCUCCAGCCGAUUUUACAAGACCAAGAGGCACAUCAUCCUGGGAGCCGGCAUCUUAUUCGUGGUGGCAGGCCUGAGCAACAUCAUCGGCGUGAUCGUGUACAUCUCGGCGGCGCUCAGCGACAUCUCCCCGAAGAAGGACGAGGACAAGAAGUGGCACUACUCGUACGGCUGGAGCUUCUACUUCGGCGGCCUGUCCUUCAUCCUGGCCGAGGUGGUGGGCGUCCUGGCCGUCAACAUCUACAUCGAGCGCAACAAGGAGCUGCGCUGUCGCUCGCGCACCGACCUGCUCCGCACCACCACCUCCGCCAUGCUGCGUCUUCCCAGCUACCGCUUCCGACGUCGCUCCCGCUCCAGCUCACGCUCCACCGACCCCGCGGCGCGAUCCGGGGAAAACUCGCCGGGGCCCGCCGCCAAGAACUUCGGGCCUCCCUUGGCUGCGGGUCCCCCGCCAUUCUCCGUGGCCACCCUGCCCAACCCGCACACGCAGCACAGCAGCGGAGGCGGCGUGGGCGACAUCUCCAUGUACACGCUGUCGCGAGAGAAGCCGCCCAUGUACGGCACGGUGGACCGCGCCAGCCUGUACCAGCUGCACAACUACUUCCCCACCAAGGAGGGCGCCAGCGGUGCCAGCGUGCUCAUGACGGGCACGCUGCCGUCGCUCUCCAAGUCCAACCUGGCUGGCACGCUGCAGAGCGGCACGGCGACCCUCAACACACUGUCUUCCUCCGGUGGUGGUGGUGGUGGUGGUGGUGGAGGGGGUGGCGGUAUGGGCCAGCAGCCUCCGUCCUCUACUGCCACCAUGGAGCGUGACCGGGAUCGAGGUCACGGAACGCUCGACCGCUUGGAUCGGAAAGGAGACAGCUCUAACUCCAACACACUCAACAGGAGGACCACGCCUGUGUGA